AUGGCGGCUCCGCUGGUCAAAGUCUUGCAUCGCUUGCAAGAGCUCUUCCAGAAUGUGGUGUCAGCUCUCGAGACAAUGAUAUUCUUCCCCUCCCUCUUCCGCGGCUUUUCGCAUCGCCGCAAGAAGCCCUUCCUGGGCGCCCACUGGCGUCGCCGCACACUCGACGAUUUCGCCAUUGAGAAGAUCCGCGGCCAGUUUCGCGAUUGCCUUCAAAACAGCCCAUACUGCAUGCUACCCUCAUACACCCACGCAUUGCCCACCGGUUCGGAAAAGGGAACAUACCUAGCCUUAGACGUGGGAGGAUCAACAUUUCGAGUCGCGUUGAUUGAAUUGUCCGGACCCGACCAGGAGAUGCGCAUUGUCAAGGUCAACUCUUCAUACAUUGAUAAUACUGUAAAAUUGUUGGAAGGAACCAAGUUCUUUGACUGGAUGGCCAAUCAAAUCGACACCGUACUGAAAGAAGUUGGCGCUGAUUAUGGACGUGGUGAGGCGCCUUUGCCCAUUGGAUUGUCCUGGUCAUUCCCGAUCGAUCAAACCUCCGUCCGCAGCGGCAAGGUCAUUCAAAUGGGCAAGGGAUUCCGUUGCUCCGAUGGAACAGAGGGCAUGGAUCUGGGACAAUUAUUGACGGACUCUUGCCGCAAGCGCGAUUUGAAUGUUGAAAUGGCCGCCAUUGUGAACGAUAGCUCCGCGGCUCUCCUCUCACGCGCCUACGUCGACCCCAAGACUCGCAUGUCACUGAUCCUAGGCACCGGUACCAACAUGGCGAUCCAUUUCCCCGUUCACGAGAUCGGCAAGAACAAAUUCGGUACUCGCCCAGACGGGUGGUUCGACUAUGCGAAGCACGUUAUCAUUAAUACCGAAAUGAGCAUGUUUGGAGGCGGCGUCCUUCCCAUGAGCCGUUGGGAUGAUGUCCUCAAUCGCACUCACCUGCGUCCCGACUAUCAACCCUUGGAAUACAUGAUCACUGGUCGUUAUCUCGGAGAAAUCGUGCGCCUGAUCAUCGCGGAGGCCGUCGAGACCGCAGCUCUAUUCGGCGGCGAACUCCCCCACUCCAUGCGCGAGCCCUAUUCCUUCGACACCAGCAUUGUCGCAUUCAUCGAAGAAGAUUCCUCCGUCUCCAUGGCCGCUUCUGCCGCUCUCCUCCAAAAGCAACACACUUUCCCCAGCUACCCAUCCGUCGACGACCUCCGCUUCGUCCGACGCGUCUGUCAAAAUGUCUCCCGUCGCUCAGCUGGAUACCUCGCAACCGCCAUCCACAGCAUGUGGUGUCUCAGCAACGAAGUCGAGUUCCCAAACAACACAAAGCCCGACCCUCUUGCCAAGGAAUCUCCCGAAAUUACCGUUGUCGAGAGCGACGACUCCGACAAGAAAAUGACCAUCGCUUGUGACGGCACUGUCAUUAACAAGUACCCCGGAUUCCGCGACACCUGCCAGAACUACCUCGACCAACUUGCCCACCAAAGCCACCCGUCCUCCACCUCCCCGAUCCGUCUCGAGGCCGCGCAUGAGAGCGCUAUCCUCGGUGCUGCGGUCGCGGUGGCUGUUGCCGUUGCUGAGUCGGAUGUGCAGAGGUAG